AAAUGAGCGCUCUCCGAGCUCGAGCAUCGACGCUCGCCAACACGUCUCGCUCACCGUCAUACCGAGCCUCGAGUUCCAGAUAUGCACACCUCCCGCCGCCGCGCCCACGAUCAAUACCCUCAUGUCUCCCUUCGCAACGGCGGCAUCAGUCGUCGGUCGCUGCUGCCAUCCAGACGGCCAAGCACAUGUUCAGCAAUGCUGCUCCUUCACCAAUCGGCAUUGAUCCUCUGCAGAGCGUCGCCAAAGAACUCAAGUUCUUGACUGGAAACAUCCAACAGCUCCUCGGUUCUGGCCACCCCAUGCUGGAUACUGUCGCAAAAUACUACACCCAAUCCGAGGGCAAAUAUGUCCGCCCCAUGCUGGUCUUGCUCAUGUCGCAAGCCACCGCCUUGACCGUCAAGCACGACCGAUCCACUCCUCAAGCCCUCGACGUCGACUCGCCCAUGUCGCCCUCGACCGUCCUCUCCGACUCCAACCCCUCGUCUCCUCUUACUUCUCCUCCGGUCGUCGAGGAUCUCUCAGACACGUCCGUCCUCCCCUCACAGCGUCGCCUCGCCGAAAUCACCGAACUCAUCCACACUGCUUCUCUCCUCCACGACGAUGUCAUUGACAACUCAAUCUCUCGCCGUUCCGCUCCCUCGGCCAACAUCCAGUUCGGCAACAAGAUGGCUGUUCUUGCUGGUGACUUUAUGCUCGGUCGCGCAUCUGUCGCCCUUGCCCGCCUGAGGGAUCCCGAGGUCACUGAGCUGCUCGCUACUGUCAUCGCCAACUUGAUUGAGGGCGAAUUCAUGCAACUGCGCAACACCGCCUCGGACGAGAAACACCCGGCCUACAGCCAAGAGACUAUGGAAUACUAUCUGCAAAAGACAUAUUUGAAGUCCGCUUCGCUGAUCAGCAAAUCAACCAGAGCUGCUGCUAUUUUGGGCAACUGCUCUCCGGAUGUAGUAGAAGCCGCUUAUAGCUACGGAAAGAACCUCGGUCUUGCCUUCCAGCUUGUCGACGACAUGUUGGACUACACCGUCAGUGGAGCCGAGCUCGGCAAGCCUGCAGGUGCUGACCUGGAGCUGGGUCUGGCCACCGCUCCUCUGCUCUUCGCAUGGAAAGACAACAAGGAACUUGGCACGCUUGUCGGCAGGCGAUUUGCCGAGCAGGGGGAUGUGAAGAGAAGCAACGGCAUUGAACAGACUCGCGCUAUGGCUGAGGACUAUAUCAACAAGGCCCGCGAAGCGAUUGCCUUCUUCCCAGAGAGCCAGGCCAAGGCCGGGCUCUUGGACAUGUGUACAAAAGUUUUGCAGAGGAGAAAG